AUGUCAUCCCCCUUCUCCAUCAACGGCGGCGCCUGCGUCGCCAUGGUCGGCAAGGACUGCGUCGCCAUAGCCUGCGAUCUCCGCCUCGGCCUCCAAGCCCUCACCGUCUCCAACAACUUCCCCAAGAUCUUCCAAUACGGCGACGUAUUCCUCGGCCUGACCGGUCUCGCCACGGACGUCAGCACCGUCGCCGACCUCUUCCGCUACAAGGUCAACAUGUAUCGCCUCCGCGAGGAGCGAGCCAUCGCCCCCCGAACCUUUGCCAACCUCGUCUCGUCGUCCCUCUACGAGCGCCGCUUCGGUCCUUACUUCGUGUCGCCCGUCGUUGCGGGGCUGGAUCCCAAGACCGGAAAGCCGUUCAUCUGUGGCUUCGAUAGUAUAGGCUGUAUCGACUUUGCCAAGGACUUUAUUGUUUCGGGCACCGCUUCGGAGCAGUUGUUUGGCAUGUGUGAGGGUUUGUGGGAGCCCGAUAUGGGCCCUGAUGCUCUUUUCGAAACCAUCUCUCAAUCUCUAUUGAACGCCGUUGACAGAGACGCCCUUUCCGGCUGGGGCGCACACGUGUACAUCAUUGAGAAGGACAAGGUUACCAAGAGAUUACUAAAGGGUAGACAAGACUAA